AUGGAAAUCCCGCGAAUCCUGCCACCUCCCUCGAGUGGCAGCGAGGCUCGGCGCCGAGACAGGAGAAUACCUAGAGAACGGAAGGAUGGAAUAGGGGCAGGUGACUUCCUCAGGGAUGAUACCUUGGAGCGUCACGUCCACUCAGCAGUGUUCGACGAGGAGUGCGCCGCAUACUCCAAGGAGAUUGCCAAGGGCCCCCCAUCCGACGACAGCGAUGCAGACUACUCCGACCGCAGCAGUCUCUGGGAGACAGACUCCUCCUCCAGCGUUUCUUCAGUCGAGUCCUCUCCCUACGAUGUCUCUAAGCUUGAGGCCCACCUUUACUAUUUCGGUAUCCGGGGUUCCAGACGCUGGGGUCCCAAGUUGAUCUUCCGGACAUCCAAGGAUGUCUUCACAGUGCCCUCAGGGCCAGAACAAGAUCCUCGUCUCAUGCGGCUUCUGCCAGUCUACGAGCACCACAAACUUGGUAAAGAUAAUCUGUGGGCUACUAUUCGUUCUAAGGUUGUUGAACUCCUCGAUCAGCAAAACAUCCAGCAUUCUUCUGUCGACCUUGUUCAUUUCAGCUGGGUUGAGGAGAAUGAGGACGUCGAGGACGUCGAGGACAACAAGGACGAUGAGGACAUCGAGGAUGUCGACAUCAAGAUCGCCCCGUACGGGACAGUCGUUACCACUCCCGUCACGAUUUGGGAGCACGGCAUUUUCGACGUUGAUGUUGCGUACCGUGAGUCGGUGGCCAGGGGCUUCAGUGGUCCCGAACUGUUCGCACCCGUCUCGGAUCUCGAUCCCCUCAAGGCCGUCAUUGAUCCUGUGACUACUGCACUUGGCCUGCCUAUCGCUGGCUUGAAGAUGCUCAAGAGCCGGGGAACAAUGGGCUUCUAUUUUAGAGUGGGUAAAGUUCUUUACGCCGUCACGGCCCGCCACGUUCUGUUCCCUGAAGACGAAGGCAAUAAUCCAUACUCCUACGUCGCCGGACCGAAGAAGAAGGUUGUCCUCAUGAGCACUAAAGCUUUCACCACCUUCCUCAUAUCCAUCCAGGGCCAUAUCGGCACCCUGAACAACACGGUUGGCGUCUUGGAGAAGUGGGUUACGGCGUUAACAGCGAGGUCGGAGGGCAGUGGCCCUAACGCUGAGCAGGCGGCAGGUGAACUGGAGCUCAAGAAGUUCUUCGUGAAGGUGAAGAAGCAGUGGACGAAGCCGAAGGACCGGGUCAUUGGACACGUCGUCUGGGCACCUCCCGUCAGUGUCUCUACCGCUCCUCACGGUUAUACGAAGGACAUUUGCGUCAUCAAGCUUGACGAAAAGAAGUUCUCGCAGAACUUCAGGAAGAACGUGCUCGACUUAGGCCCUGAGAUCGACGCCGCCAAGUUCAUCAGCUUGAUGUACCCUCGCAUCGAUGCACCGUCCGAUUUUGAUUAUCCAGCUGAACGUCUCCUCGAGCUCCGAGGCGUUCUCUCCGCCGAAGAGAUACGCACACCCAACAACAAAGACCACAAAGGUGACCCCAUGCGAUACAUUAUUAAACGUGGCCUCACCACGCUCACCACGAUCGGUUGUUUGAGUGGAUUUGAGUCUCAUGUUCGCCAUUACUUCGCCCUAGGCAGCCGCGAUUCGGUGGAAGCAGCAGUCUACCCCUAUGACAAUGACUCCGGUCCGUUCUCCAGGGGCGGGGACUCUGGGUCCAUCAUCGUCGACGCCCUCGGCAAGGUCGUUGCCCUCCUCACCGGUGGCACGGGUCCAACCGAUUCCUCUGACAUCACAUUUGGUUCGCCAAUGUACUGGCUCUGGGAGAUCAUCAAGGCCCAGUUCCCCGGUGCCAACCUCUACUUCGAAGACGACAACAACUAG